CUUAUAUUCAAAUCAAUUCUUUAGAGAAAAUAAAACAAAUUUGCUUCUAUAGUUUUUCUCGUUCUAUUUCUUUCAAUAUAAUAAUGUAUAUAUAAAGUAAAAUGUAGAGAAUGAUAAAACAUUUAUAUAAAAAAUCAAUAAUACCUUUUAGGUUAGAUCUGAUCCGAUCCCAAUUCCCGACUUAAACCAGUGUUUGAAUGUGAAAGAUUGUGAAAUCACCCACGGCUUUUGCACAGUGACGACGUAGGUUCUCGGUCAAACAAGACCAGCCAACACAAACUCUGGGGUUUCUGAUGGCUGCAAACAUGAGAAAUCGAAGAGCAAGAACUACGGUCGACCGACUCCCUGCAGUUGACAUCCUCGACCACCAAAGACAAGAUAUGGCUACUAAUUUUAAGGAAUUCUCAGAAUCAGUUAAGGCGGAGCUCUCAAUUGAACAAGUACGUGAAUUCUUGGAAGCUAAUGACCAAGAUUUGUCUGGCUCUGAUGAUGCUCUUCUCCGAAGAUGCCAAGCGAUGCUGUUUUAUGGGCUAUUGGAGAAAUGCCCAGUUUGCCAAGGGAAUAGUUUGGAGUUCACUGGAUGUUAUUGUGAGUGUGCCACUUGCAUUUAUCGCUCUAGGUAUCCACCAAGGAAACGAGGGGCCAUCAAGUACCCUAUUAGCAUCGUCAGGCAAAUCAACCCUCGUUUCAACCCGGAUUGGGACCCUCCUUAUGUGGAAGGUCAAGGGUUCAUCGCCCGUUUUUGGUCGGAUGUUUUACGACCACACAAUCCAAGGGCGGCGGAGAGAGUGGAACUAACACUAAAUAUGUAUCAAGAUGAAAUGGAGAUAAACGGCCGGAGGAUGAACAAGAGAACUUUUUGGAUCUGUGUAUACCUAGGGGCUUUUAUGGUGACCUGUACUUUCUCUAUCUUCAUGGUCAAACUUUGGUCCAACCUGUCCAUAGAAUGAAGAUCCCAAAACACUGCUGGGAUUGAAUACAUAGACGCUCUUUUGUUGUUCCUGGAUUGCUCCAAUACUGGUUUCAUCGAUGUAAAGUCAUCCAUGCAUCCUCACGCUAGCUAGCUCCCUCCUAUCACUUCACUACACAAGUGGAAUCUAUUGACAAUCUUUGUUCAAUCUCAUCAAAAUAUUGUGGUCAUGGAUAGAAUCUUUAUUAAGGUGCAUGACACUUCGUUUCCAAUUUGUUUUGUUUUGUUUUGUUUUGCUCCGAAAAAUAAAGUUACCCAAUUCAACAACAGAUAGAAGAUCGCUUGCUUUUCUUUGUCUGUUCCAAACGCCACGUGUAAUAUGAGGGUUGCUUCUUUUUCUUUCUGGAACAUUCCCAAAAUCUCUGCUUUUCUAUCUCUAGACCCUCCUAGAUUGUUCUCUGUUUCUCCAUGAAAGUCACAAGAAAGAAGAAUCCAGACAGACAUGCAGACAUAAACCCUGAACUGAACCUAUCAAAUCCCAUCCUAUAUAAAUCCACCCUUGCACUUCCUUAUUCCCCAUCAGGAAGAAUUACAAACAAAACCACCCAUUUCCCAUCAAAGCCAGCCUAGUCUCGAUUAAUUAGUUUAGUACCAUCGGAUUCCGUUCCUCCUAUUUAUUUAAUUUCCCUCCUCACCAAAACCAUCACCAUGCCUAGGAGGAUAGUGAUGAGGAUGGUGGCCUUCUUAGGCCUCCUCCUCAUGCUCAUGGCCACCACCAUCAAAACCCAUGCCUUAGUUCCAUACCCAACAAGACCAUCAUCACUAAGUCUAUGGGACAUGACCGAUGACCCCUUCAGAAUUCUCGAACAAACCCCCUUCACCAUCCCCAUAGACGUCUCAGCCGCCGCCCUCCAAGACACGCUCGCUUUGGCACGUGCCGACUGGAAGGAGACGGCCACUGCGCACGUGAUCACAUUGGACAUUCCGGGGAUGAAGAAGGAGGACGUGAAGAUAGAGGUGGAGGAGAACAGGGUGCUCAGGAUCAGCGGAGAAAGGAAGAUGGAGAAACAAGGGGAGGGUGACAAGUGGCACAGAGCUGAGAGGACAAAUGGCAAGUUCUGGAGGCAGUUCAGGCUGCCUGCGAAUGCUGACGUGGAUCAGAUCAAGGCUCAUCUUGAGGACGGGGUGCUCAGAAUUACGGUGCCAAAGUUUGCUGCGGAGAAGAAAAGGCAGCCUAAGCUCAUCGACAUUGCUCAACACACUACUUCUGAUGAUGAUGCGGAUAUCAAGGCUGCCAAGGUCGCAUGAUUUCCAAGUUACCUAUAUAUCAAUAUGUAUAAGAAUUAUCUUUGUGUUGAUGACUUUGGAUGGGAGUGAAUCAAAUUAAGUUUUUGUAAUGCGUGAUCUGAGAUCUAAUAAAAUUAUAUAUUU